UCACGUGGUGUAUGCUAUGGUCGAGGGAGAUCUUCCUGCGAACCAAGCGUUAGAGGUAGAGCACCCGUUGCUACAUUGAAUCUUAGAGGUGAUGGCAUGUCAACCUCAGAUGACUCAACCGUGCCACCAGAUGUCGUCCCAAGCACCGAACCGCAAGAGCAGGGGGUUGAGGUGGACUCAACCAUACCGACAAAUGUUGAAGAGGGAUUAGUACCGCCUACCCGAAAACGUGGACGAGGAGCCGCAAAGAACCUCGAGUUUGACAAGAUUCGAAAGUUUGGGCCGAUAGCACUAACCUUAAAGGAUGGUGAGACAUCACCAUGUUGUGAAAACUAUACAAUAUUUACAAGUAGGCUUACAUGGUUGGUGAAGCACCAUGUCGACCUGAGUCACCCGAGCUGGCAUGAUUUACCAGAUAAUGAGAAGGAAGAGUUGAUUGCUCGUGUCCGGGCCGACUUUGUCCUUGACUGGACGAAGAAGAAUCACCGCGAUACAGUAACGAAGACACUUAGGAAGAGGUUCAAUCAUAUUCGGUAUGAACUUCACAAAAUAUACAAGAGUUACAAGACGAACGAAGAAGCUCUUGCGAAUGUGCCAGAGUUGGUGACACCAGCUACUUGGGUGAAGUUAUGCGCUCGAUGGUCAAGCGCGGAAUUUAGGAUGAUAUCUGAGAAAAAUAAAAGUAAUAGAGCGAAACAACAAACAAACCACAUGGCUGGACGAACCUCAUUCGAAGUAACAUAUUAUUUGCUGAUUUUAACCGACAAAAGGUAUUAA